AUGACGGCGAUUGAACUGAAAGACCAAGGAAACCGGCUUUUUGCCAUGAAAAAGUUCGAUGCAGCUAUAAAUUGUUAUACAAAGGCAAUUAUUAAAAGUCCAAAUACUCCAACAUUCUUCACAAACCGUGCAUUGUGCCACUUGAAACUGAAGCAAUGGGAACAAGCCAUCCAGGACUGUCGGCAGGCUCUAGACAUGGAUAGAAGUCUGGUGAAAGGCCAUUUUUUCAUGGGGCAGGCACUUGUAGAAUUGGGUUAUUAUGAUGAAUCUAUUGCCAGUUUAAAGAGAGCUCACGACUUGGCCAAAGAACAAAAAAUGAACUUUGGAGAUGAUAUUGCCAGUGCAUUGAGAAGUGCAAAGAAGAAACGCUGGAAUGUGCUUGAAGAGAAACGAAUUCAACAAGAGAUAGCUCUCCAAACUUACCUCAACAAAUUAAUCAACGAGGAGAUGGUUCGGUAA